AGUGACUGUUCUUCUCCUGCAGCGCAACGGCACGCGGAGCUUUAACGGCAAAUACACUUUAAUGAAACGCCAUGGAAAACGAGGCGCAGAUCCAGAUCCAAGAGGCCAUUAAGACCCAAGGAGAAGUGGUUCGGAAGUUAAAAUCGGAGAAGGCCAGCAAGGAGCAGUGCUAGGGUUGCUUACUGCUUUUCUCCUGUUCUUCCUGCCUGGCCCUUGACGACCCUGGCUUGCCUUCAUCAUCAUCAUCGUCUACUUACCGUCUGGGGGACAUCUCUGCUCAACUCCCUUCCUGGUUUUUCCUAUGUGGACCUCUCUGAUUGGCUGCCGGACAACAUUUUGUUGCACCUAUGAUAUUCUCCUGAAUCCGGAUUUUUUGGACUGAAUUUUUCCUGGUUCUCCUGCGGUGACCAUCAUGCUGGCCGUGUCUUGUGUCCGGGCCUGCUCCCGCGCAUUUCGGUCUGCGACUCCCAUGCGACCCGUGCAUUCUGCUGUUGGGAUCACGGUGGCUCAGAUUGAUGAAGAAGUAGCCAAACUGCUGGAGCUGAAGGCUAAGUUAGGAGGAGAUGAUGGGAAACAUCAGUUUGUUCUCAAAACAGCAAAGGGAACGAGGGACUACAACCCCAAGCAGAUGGCCAUUAGAGAGAAAGUCUUCAACACCGUCGUCGCCUGCUUCAAGCGCCACGGAGCAGAGACCAUCGACACUCCGGUUUUUGAACUAAAGGAAACGCUGACGGGGAAAUAUGGAGAAGAUUCCAAACUCAUCUAUGAUCUUAAAGACCAGGGAGGAGAGCUGCUGUCCCUCAGAUACGACCUCACUGUGCCCUUUGCACGCUACCUGGCCAUGAACAAGAUUACAAACAUCAAGCGCUACCACAUAGCUAAGGUCUAUCGGCGUGACAACCCAUCCAUGACCCGUGGGCGUUACAGAGAAUUUUACCAGUGUGAUUUUGACAUAGCAGGCCAGUAUGAUGCCAUGAUCCCAGAUGCUGAGUGUCUCAAGAUAGUUCAUGAGAUUCUCAGUGAGCUGGAGCUCGGAGACUUCCGCAUUAAGGUCAAUGACAGGCGCAUCCUCGAUGGGAUGUUUGCUGCUUGCGGCGUUCCAGAUGACAAGUUUCGAACGAUCUGCUCAACGGUGGACAAACUAGACAAGAUGUCCUGGGAGGAUGUGAAGAACGAGAUGGUGAAUGAGAAAGGAUUGUCGGAGCAGGCUGCAGAUCUGAUUGGGGAGUUCGUCAGCAUGCAGGGGGGACGGGACCUAGCUGAGCGUCUCCUUCAGAACCCCAGACUGUCCCAGAAUAAGCUGGCCUGCAGCGGCCUGUCGGAUGUCAAGCUUCUCUUCAGUUACCUGGAGCUCUUCCAGGUCACAGACAAGGUGGUGUUUGACCUGAGCCUGGCCCGCGGUUUGGAUUAUUAUACCGGACUCAUUUAUGAAGCAGUACUAACUCAAGCAGGGCUGUCUGGUGACACCCUAAACGGGGCAGAGGACAGCGUGAGUGUGGGCAGCGUGGCUGGGGGGGGCAGAUAUGAUGGUCUGGUGGGAAUGUUUGACCCCAAGGGUAGGAAGGUCCCAUGUGUUGGAGUAAGCUUCGGAAUCGAGAGGAUUUUUACCAUCAUGGAGCAAAAGGCUGAGUCCUCAGCAGACAAGGUCCGUACGACAGAGGUUCAGGUCUUGGUGGCAUCUGCUCAGAAGAACCUGCUGGAGGAGCGACUCAAGCUGGUCACUGAUCUGUGGAAGGCUGGAAUAAAGGCGGAGGUGAUGUAUAAGAAGAACCCCAAACUGCUCAGCCAGCUGCAGCACUGUGAGGAGUCUGGGAUCCCACUGGUGGCCAUACUGGGAGAACAGGAGCUGAAGGACGGUGUGGUCAAACUCCGCGUGGUGGCAACCAGAGAGGAGGUGGAUUUCUCCCGAGCCGAUCUCAUCAGGGAGAUCAGGAGGAGAACUUCCGAGGCCUAACUGUGGCUGUGCCAAAGCUUUUCCUAAAGUCCUGAUCUGGUCUUUGGUAAAGGAUGAUGGACCUGAGUGCAGCCAUAAAGACUGGCAUGGCUCAACGAGGAGCGUGCAACGCUCAUAUCGGUCCCCCCCCCCCCCGCUGUAACAGAAGCUCCAGAAGAGUCAGUCAGCGACGCAGCUUCCCUGAAAUGUAAACGCUUUGGAUCAAAGACUUUCACACUUCACUGUUCAGUCACUUCUUCUGGUGACCUGAUCUUUUCAUUAAACUGUGUCCAGAAAAUCCCGUCUACAUUUUCACUUGGAGAAUUGAGGAAUAAUUGAUCUGUUUCAUUAACUUUUAGCUUGGACUCUUUUUUUUUUUUUUUGCCUCAAAGAGGAUUUUGGAAUAAACAUUUUGACACAUUGCUGGGCUUCACUCCUGAGACCCUGCAGUCAGGCUAAACUAAUGUGUCUUGCUCUACAACAAAAGCAAGUAUGCAGAAGCUUUAAAUGGGCUGACGCAGAAGCGAUAUCGUGAAAAAUUACAGUGCAUCCGCAAAGUCUUCAUUGUGCUUCACUUAAUCCACUGUUUUGUUUAUGUUACGGCCUCCUUCCAAAAUGGAUUAAAUUCAUUUUGCCCAUGAAGUUCAACACACAACAUCCCAUAAUGAUAAAGUGAAAAAAGUGUCUUUGAAGUUGUUGCAAAUAUAUUAAAAAUAAAAAAAAAACGUGAUAAAUCACAUGAACAUAA